CAUUGUUCCAAUAUAUACACUAAAUUAUUUUUAAUUAUAGGGUUAUCAAUCUUAUACUUCUCCCACAUUCUCACUAUUCACUCUGCCAACUUUGUUACUAAUGUUUACAGUGUAAAUAGUAUAAACACUGUGAAUAAUGUGAAUGGAAGGAGUGGAAUAUGAUGUGGAGUAUGAGGUGGAAUAUGAAGUGGAAUCUUUAUGGAAGAUUGCGAUGGAGGUGGAGCUCCCAUCGGAGAUGGAGAAAUUAGUAAUAAAAACACAAAAUAUAAUGAAAGAAUUAAUUAACCAAGCACUCCCAAACAAACCCAAUCCCGCUCUCUACUCCAAGUUGAAUGGUGUGUUGAGUAUAUUGAAUUUGAAGAUUAAACAGAGCAAACCACACGCUAAAUUCGCCUUUAAAUCACAUAACUCAUUCUCUAACACUUCUAAUAUUACUAAUACUGUAGAGGAUACUGUCAAUACUAUUGUGGAAGAUACUGUGAAUAAUACUGUGGAGGAUGUGGAAGAAACUGUGGACAGUGUGGAGGAGAAGAAGUUUGGGGAGAAUUAUAUAAUAAAGAACAUCAAGAAUCAGACAAUAUUGAGGGUUGAGGAUGAGAGGCUGGGAUCAAUAAGCUUGGAGAACAUUGACCGGUGUAGGAUAUUUCUAUUGAAUGCUUCAGAUUCUUGCUUCAUCUACAAUUCUUUUAACUCUAUUUUGUGUGUUGGAGUGGUGAGUGGAUCGGUGAUGAUUAGUGGUGUGCGGGACAGUGUGAUAAUAGCAACGUCAAGACAGUUGCGAGUCUCAAACUCACACAACACCAAACUACACAUCAACACAAUCACUCCGCCCAUCAUCGAACGAAGUGCGGGUAUAGUAUUUGUGGAUAAUAGUGUGGUGUAUGAGUGGUAUGUAAACCACUUGGAGUUGUCGGGGCUGGGGUUAGAAUUCCCGGAUAAUAAACACUUGAUUAAAGAUUUCACGUGGCAUCACCAGACUAAAUCGCCAAACUUUACUAUCCUGCCAAAAUUACCAGAAAUAUCCAUUCCCGUUAUACAACCUGAACCCAACAUUUAUACCAUCAAUCAACAAGAUCUAAACCACCUAAUCAAUCAAUUACAAUAAUUUCAUCACAUU